GCAAGGAGAGCGAGCGCCAGUGCAAGGAUUCGAGCUCAUCCCUCGCCGCUCCAAAAUUACAGUGGCUUUAUUCGAAGUACUCGGGUUCGCUUUCUCUCUCAUUUUCAGGGAAUGAACAACCAAUACGUCCGCCGGGAAGUCUUCUGCUGUGAAACUUGUCAUGAGCUCAAAAGCUUCUGGGAGAAAGAAAUCAGGAAACAGACCUGUUACCGGGAGCUGGAGGAAGACCGUCAGGAAAGGAGUGCCCUGAGAAAGCUCAGAGAAGAAUGGAAGCAGAGACUGGAGAAAAGGCUGAGGAUGCUGGACAAUCCUGAUGGGAAGGAAAAGCAGUCAGACACAGUGGGCUGAGAGCUUCCUGCCUCAUCCACUUCAAAGACAACAAGCCACCAAGGGCACUUUUCUAGGAGAAUAAACUAACACCCACGCUACAUUGACUUACUAAGCAGGACACUAUUUGUUCUCCCAUUUGUGAGGGGAUUUACGUGUGAACCCUCCCCCGGUGCUAAUGGACAUCGUUAUCCGGCCGAAUCCUCUCUGCACCGAGGGCCGGAUGGCCGCCAAUGGGAGGUGCAGCUGGGGUUAUCUAAGAUCGAAAUCUCUUGGAAUUAGCACUUGCGAGGUUUCAAAGAUCCAUGUAGUAUAAUUUGUUUCCACAUUUUGUUCUCAUUUUGAAACCUGGAUGUUUUAUCCAAGCUUACCGGGGCAAUGACCUUGUCGGGCAACUGGCUUCCCUAGGUCUUCUGGAAAAAAAGUUACACAGCAUGUUUUGUUUUUUUCCCCCUGUUCCCACUUUUUCAUGAAAACAAAAAUGCUACUGCUUACAGAAAUUAAGCUGUUAUUAGGAAAAGAAUAGUUUAUUAACAAUAUGGUUUGAAAAUGAACUAACCUAUUUUCUCUUCAUAUAAAUUGGGUUUUUUUUUCAUAAACAUGUUUAAUUAGAAAAAAAUGUGGUGAAAGCAAGGUAAUG